UCUUUCUGUCCCGCUGACUCGACCCAUGGCGACGACGAUGACGACGGCGACGAUGGACAGCGGGAACAGCAGCGCGAGCCGAUCAAGCGGUCAAACAAGGCGGGAUGGCCAGGAAGAACGGGGCAGACGAGGAGGGCAAGGAGGUGGGAGCGGCAGUGGCGGCGCUGCUGCUGCUGCUGCUGUGGUUUCGGUGACAAACGAUCCCGGGCUGGGCAUGGAUGUUGACGCCGGGCUGCAAGGACCAGCAUCUGCGUCGGCGGACGGGAGCGAAGAUGCGGAAGAGGGCUUGCGGCUGGCGGCAGGGGAUGCCUCGACGAUGAAGACGCAUUCAAGGGCCGAGGAAGACCUCGAGCGGGCCAUCAGCGCGGCCACAUCGCGCAGAGGGGAAAAGAUCGACAGCAGCAGCAGGCCGAGAACUACCUCACCGAGGAGCGUAAGCUACCGGCUCAAGAAGAAGGUGCUUCACUUUACGCCCUCGUGGUUCUCCGUCUGCAUGGGCACCGGCGUUCAGGCCACGCUCCUUACCCUGCUGGGUCUCAUCUGGGGCACCGAGCAAUACUCGCCCUACUUUGCCCGUUUCAUCCGCUGGGUUUCGCUCGUCUUUCUUCUCGGCGACAUUGCCAUCUUUCUCAUCUUCACCGCCUCGUUCGUCGCUCGAUACAUUCUCUUCCCGCAGGUCCUCUCCCUGACGGUCAAGCACCCUCAGCAGAGCUUCUUCCUCGGCACCUAUCCCAUGGCCCUCGUCACCAUCGUAUCCAACAUUUCACAACUCGGGACCAACUCCUUCGACCUGGGCAUUUGGCCCACGAUGCUCGCCGUUGGGUUAUGGUUUGUCUGCGUCGUGAUCAGCAUCAUGACUGCGGCGGGUGUCAUUUGGAGCGUCAUCACCUACCAGACCUCUCACCGGUUCCAUCAGACGACGGCCCUCUUCCUCCUCCCCGUGGUCCCGCCCAUCACCGUAGCUGCCUCCGCCGCCGUGUUGGCAGAGGCAUUGACGCCGAGCUACCCCACGCUCGCCUUCACAGUCAUGACGAUUGGCUACAUGAACCUGGGCGUCGGUCUACCUUUGGCCCUGAUGAUCCUGGUGCUGUACCUGCAACGCCUAAUUCUCUUCAAGGCACCGCCUCGGGAAGUCAUCGUCUCCGUCUUCCUCCCACUGGGUCCUUGCGGCCAGGGCGGAGAAGCGACCCUACACCUAGGCCGAGCGGCGUUGGCCCUCUUUCCGAUCAUCUCCAAUCCGGCCACGUCGGGCGUGCCCAAGCUUACUUACACGGUGGCAGAAGCCUUCUACGGCGCUGGCCUCGUGGCUGCCCUCCUCCUUUGGGCCCUGGGGAUGUGGUGGGCGGUCAUUGGCCUGGCCACAUUUCUCCGACAACUGUCCAAGGGCCACUUGAGCUUCAACAUGGGUUGGUGGAGCUUCACCUUUCCCGUAGCCUCGCUCACAAUCGUGACGGGCCGUCUGGCCCAGGAGCUCGACUCGCUCACGCUCAAGAUCGUCUACACCGUCUUUGUCCUGACCAACUUUAGCCUCUGGCUCUUUGUCGCCGUGCCCACCGCCAAGGGCUUCUUUGACGGCAGCCUCAUUGUGGCGCCCUGCAUUGCCGAUCUUCCCUUGGACCCGAUGGAGCACCCGAUACCCAGCUCGAAGCGGUAGGCUCGUUUCAAUUCCGUAAUGUAUUAUAUUCUCACAGGAGUUUUGUUUUUGGUGAAGAGAGCAGUACCUGGGCUCGAGGAAAGGAUGAGAAGAGGGAAUAGAACUCAGAGA